AAGGAACUGCGUCCGAGCGUUUCCGGUUGGCGGAGGCAGGCUAUAUAAACAGCGAGGCGAGCCAGCCGGAUCCUCUUUCGCCUCCUUAGCGUCGAAAUGACAAAGAAGAGAAGGAAUAAUGGUCGUGCCAAGAAGGGCCGGGGACACGUCCAGCCCAUUCGCUGCACUAACUGUGCCCGCUGUGUCCCCAAGGACAAGGCUAUUAAGAAGUUUGUGAUCCGAAACAUUGUAGAGGCAGCUGCAGUCCGAGAUAUCUCUGAAGCAAGUGUCUUUGACUCAUAUGUCUUGCCCAAGCUCUAUGUGAAACUUCACUAUUGCGUUAGCUGUGCCAUCCACAGCAAGGUUGUGAGGAAUCGCUCCCGUGAGGCCCGUAAGGACCGCACUCCUCCACCCCGGUUCAGGCCAGCUGGUGCUGCACCAAGACCACCACCUAAGCCCAUGUAAGGAGAUAAUUUGAGCAAUCUCAGUGUCUGAUAUCAGCUAAAUAAAUAAAUUUACAGAUGUUUUUCCUGUA